CCAUGCUCCUCUCCUUUCCUCUCCUCUCUCACUAGACUCUGCCCCUGAACACUUCCCGAUAGAUUCCAUCCCCUCUCUAUCAUCCUCGGCAUCCGCCCCGCUUUGCCCUUUGUUAAUUGCAAAGGUUUCUGCAGGGAUAACAUUUGUGGGGCGAGUCCUAUAGAAUCCCGCCCUCCUUUUUAUGUUGCUUUUCUCCCCACCACCUCCUAUUUAAGUUCUUCCAUUGCUUUCUUUCUUGUCAGCAUCAGGGACUAGUUUGCAGUUGCUCAUCACACACACCAGUAGGAGGCUUUGUGUUCUUCUUCAGAGGAGGAUUGGGGAACUGAAUGAAAUAGGACUCUAUAGCUUUGCUUGCUUGCCGUUGCCGUGGUGUCAGUGUGAGAGAGAGAGAGGUGCGAGCAAGCAAGAAGAGAGAGUGAGGGAUGGAAGGCGACAGCUUCUCCGGCAUGGCGAACGGCGGCGGCGGUCAGGCGGACGGGAAGCUGAUCCAGACGUUCCACAAGAGCUUCGUGCAGGUGCAGAGCCUGCUGGACCAGAACCGGCUGCUCAUCAGCGAGAUCAACCAGAACCACGAGUCCCGGGCGCCCGGCAACCUCACCCGCAACGUCGGCCUCAUCCGGGAGCUCAACAACAACAUCCGCCGCGUCGUCGGCCUCUACGCCGACCUCUCCGCCUCCUUCGCCCGCAACAUGGACGCCUCCUCCGACGGCGACUCCUCCGGCACGCUCCGCUCCUCCGACGGCCGCGCCGGCCAGAAGCGCGUCCGCCCCGGCUAGCUCUCUUGGUCUUGGCGGCAUUAUUCCCCCAUUGCGAAUAGUGAGGUGUUGCUACUACUAAGCCUAGGCUUAGCCUUUUUCUUGCAGUUCUCUUCUUGUUCAUUAAUCCUCCUUGUCCUUGCUGCAAAUGCUUCUGCAUCAGUGAUUAGUGUAUGGUUAGUGAGAAACAGAAAGCUGUUAUGUGGUAGUUGCUGCCAUGAUGGUGAGACGAAAUGUUCAUGUUUGGCAUUCUUGUUGUUACAGUUAGCAUCUGAAAAUUACUUCCUGGCCA